UCCCAUGUGACUGUUAUGUUCACCCGUCUGAACUCUGAAGUCAUGAUUCUAGUUUUAGAAAGAAUACCCAAUCAAAUCUCAUCCCACCACCAUUAAUAUUUCAUACAAUUGAUUUUUUAGAGUUUGAAUUGAAUCUUGUUCAUGGAUUCCAACAACUUGACAAGCUCACAUACACUACUAAACUUGUCUCAACGGUUUCGACAAUCAAAUUCUAAACAAUCUCAAAGAUUCAAAAGACCCAACAAAGCUGCAGUUCUGAUUUGUCUGUUCGAGGAAGCAGAUGAUAUAUAUGUUAUAUUAACUAAACGAUCAUCCAACAUGUCGUCUUACUCCGGACAAGUGUCUUUGCCCGGAGGUAGAGCGGAUGAAGGUGAUAAGGAUGAUGUUCAUACGGCGUUGAGGGAGGCCCAGGAGGAGAUUGGUUUAGAUCCUGCGGUUGUUGAUGUUGUUGCUGUCCUUGAACCGUUUGUUACCAAGGGGAAUGUGUAUGUGGUUCCUGUGAUGGGUAUACUAUGGGAUAAGCAAGCAUUUAAUCCAGUUCUGAAUGCCGAUGAAGUAGAGUCGAUAUUUUAUGCUCCUUUUGACAUGUUUCUCAAGGACAAAAACAGACGACAAAAGGAAAUAGACUUUCAAGGAGGAAAAUGCUUAUUUCACUACUUCGAUCACGAAACAAAUAACAAGGUUUACACAAUAUGGGCUAUAACUGCCGCCAUCUUGAUAACGUCUGCAUCCCUGUUCUACCAACGGCCACCCGAUUUUCAACCAAGGAUGCCGAAAUUAUGGAACAAAAACCACAGCAGAUUAUAAAUUUGCACCAUUCAAAUGUAAUUUCAUAUAAAUUUAUCAAGGAUUAAUUGAAAUAAUUUAACCUGUUAUAGCCAUAGUUUCACAAAUACGGUCAAAACAAUAUCGCUCAGCUAAAAACCUCGUAAAAUUUCUCGAUAACAAGUAACCCUGAAUCGAUCGACUCCAAUGGAUCCUUCCUUAACCUGUGUCUUAAACAGUUUGGAAUCACAACAGCGAUAUCUUCGGAUGUCACUUGAUCCCUCCCUUUUAAAGCGGCCAAAGCUUUCGCAGCCCGGUUCGUAACGAUGUCGCCUCGUAACCCGUCAACGUUCAGUUCCGCGCAAACUUUUGAUAUCUUAACACGAAGUUCGUGAUCGAUUUGCACGGAAGAGAGACGACUUCUAGCAGCCGUGAUUUGUUCUUGAAGUUUUCCUUGAUCUGUGUUGUAAGUUUCGCGAAACUCUUUUGGGUUUUUAUCGAAACGGGCUCGUUCCUCGACGAUUUUGACCCGAAGUUCAGCGUCACGAACUGUACCCACUUGAGCAUGCAUACCAAAUCUAUCUAGCAGUUGUGGUCUGAGUUCACCUUCUUCCGGGUUACCCGACCCGAUAAGAAUGAAACGGGCCGGGUGUGAUAUCGAUAUACCUUCUCGUUCAACCGUGUUCCAUCCGGAUGCAGCUGAAUCAAGAAGAACAUCGACUAAA